AUGUCGAGUGGUAUCCAUCAAAGAGCUCCGUCGAGCUCUACUUCUGAUGCAUUGAAACCAUUCCCCUCAUAUGGUGGCAAUUCUACCACAACUGGCGCUGCCACUAAUACAGCAAACUCCAACAACAAUAACAGUUCUUCUUCCAAUAAUAACGCUAUAAUUAAUAAUAACCUUGCCAAUGUGGCCUCUUCAAACUUGGGAAACGUAUCAAGAACAAAUACUUUAAUAUCUACGCAUUCUACAGGCACCUCUAAAGAUUAUAUCGAAAAUUCAAGUAUUAUAAGUAGUUCUAGUAAUACAAACAAUUUAAGUCAAGCGAUUUCAAAUAGUUCUAUGGUGUAUCAAGCUGAACCAGUCAAGGAUCAUAGAAGGAGACGUUCCUCUUCCAUCAUAUCUCAUGUAGAACCAGAAACUUUAGAAGAUGAAAAUGAUCAAUUCCUAUUACCAAAUAUGAAUGCCACUUGGGUCGAUCAAAGAGGUGCUUGGAUCAUUCAUAUAGUCAUUAUCAUUCUAUUGAAAUUAUUUUAUAAUCUAUUGCCAGGUGUUACAAAUGAAUGGUCUUGGACUUUAACCAAUAUGACUUAUGUCAUUGGUUCAUAUAUAAUGUUUCAUAUGAUUAAAGGUACACCUUUCGAUUUCAAUGGUGGUGCCUUUGACAAUCUAACCAUGUGGGAACAAAUCAAUGAUGAGACGCUAUAUACUCCUGCAAGAAAAUUCCUAAUCACUGUACCAAUUGCUUUAUUCUUAGUUAGUGCACAUUAUUCCCAUUAUGAUUUCCAUUUAUUUGCUUGGAAUUUAACUUUAACUUUAUUAUUAGCAGUGGUUCCAAAAUUACCAGUUACUCAUAGACUAAGAAUCUUUAUUCCAGGUUUAACAGAACCUGCUCAAAUUAAAUAA